UGAGUGACGGGCGGGGCGGCGGCUCCUCCCCGCGCGCGGUGCGGCUGCCUCGAGGUGCCUAGGCUGCGUCCGGGCGCUGACGCCUCAGUCCUGAGCGGGGCAGGGGCGCGGGCGGCGGCGGCAGGAUGAACAGCAUUAAGAACGUGCCGGCGCGGGUGCUGAGCCGCAGGCCGGGUCACAGCCUGGAGGCCGAGCGCGAGCAGUUCGACAAGACCCAGGCCAUCAGCAUCAGCAAAGCCAUCAACAGCCAGGAGGCCCCUGUGAAGGAGAAGCAUGCCCGUCGUAUCAUUCUGGGCACUCACCAUGAGAAAGGUGCCUUUACCUUCUGGUCCUAUGCCAUCGGCCUGCCGCUACCCAGCAGCUCCAUCCUCAGCUGGAAGUUCUGCCAUGUCCUCCACAAAGUCCUACGAGACGGGCACCCUAACGUGCUACAUGACUGCCAGCGCUACCGGAGCAACAUCCGGGAGAUCGGUGACCUGUGGGGACACUUGCAUGACCGGUAUGGGCAGCUGGUGAAUAUCUACACCAAGUUGUUGCUGACCAAAAUCUCCUUCCACCUGAAGCACCCACAGUUUCCUGCUGGCCUGGAAGUGACAGAUGAGGUGUUGGAGAAGGCAGCUGGGACUGACAUCAAUAACAUCUUCCAGCUCACUGUGGAGAUGUUUGACUACAUGGACUGCGAGCUGAAGCUUUCUGAAUCUGUUUUCCGGCAGCUCAACACCGCAAUCGCUGUGUCCCAGAUGUCCUCAGGCCAGUGCCGCCUGGCCCCACUCAUCCAGGUCAUCCAGGACUGCAGCCACCUCUACCACUACACAGUCAAGCUCAUGUUCAAGCUGCACUCCUGUCUCCCAGCAGACACCCUGCAAGGCCACAGGGACCGGUUCCACGAGCAGUUUCACAGCCUCAGGAACUUCUUCCGCAGAGCCUCAGACAUGAUCUACUUCAAGCGGCUCAUCCAGAUCCCCCGGCUGCCUGAGGGACCCCCCAACUUCCUGAGGGCCUCAGCCCUGGCUGAGCACAUUAAGCCUGUGGUAGUGAUUCCUGAGGAGGCCCCGGAGGACGAGGAGCCUGAGAACCUCAUCGAGAUCAGCACCGGGCCCCCUGUUGGGGAGCCAGUGGUGGUGGCUGACCUCUUUGAUCAGACCUUUGGACCCCCCAAUGGCUCCGCGAAGGAUGACAGGGACCUCCAGAUUGAGAACUUGAAGAGAGAGGUGGAGCUGCUCCGUGCCGAGCUGGACAAGAUGAAGCUGGAGGCCCAGCGGUACAUCUCACAGCUGAAAGGCCAGGUGAACACGCUGGAAGCCGAGCUGGAGGAGCAGCGGAAGCAGAAGCAGAAAGCCCUGGUGGACAAUGAGCAGCUCCGGCACGAGCUGACCCAGCUGAGGGCUGCGCAACUGGAGGGCGCACGGAACCAGGGCCUGCGUGAGGAGGCUGAGAGGAAAGCCAGUGCCACUGAGGCACGCUACAGCAAGUUGAAGGAGAAACACAGUGAGCUCAUCAACACGCAUGCAGAGCUGCUCAGGAAGAAUGCAGACACAGCCAAGCAGCUGACAGUGACACAGCAGAGCCAGGAGGAAGUGGCACGGGUGAAGGAGCAGCUGGCCUUCCAGAUGGAGCAGGUGAAGCGAGAAUCCGAAAUGAAGUUGGAGGAACAGAGUGACCAGCUGGAAAAACUCAAGAGGGAGCUGGAGGCCAAGAAUGGAGAGCUGGCAAAUGUGCAGGAGGCCCUGAGCCGCACGGAGCAGAGUGGGUCACAGCUGAGUUCACAGCUGGACACACUGAGUGCAGAGAGGGAUGCACUGAGUGGGACCGUGCGGCAGCGGGAGGCUGAGCUGCUGGCAGCCCAGAGCCUGGUGCAAGAGAAGGAAGAGGCACUGAGCCAGGAGCAGCGGCGCAGCUCCCAAGAGAGGGGCGAACUGCAGGGGCGGCUAGCGGAGAAGGAGUGUCAGGAGCAGGGGCUGCGGCAGAGGCUGCUGGACGAACAGUUUGCAGUGUUGCGGAGCGCUGCCGCCGAGGCCGAGGGCAUCCUGCAGGACGCCGUGAGCAAGCUGGACGACCCCCUCCACCUGCGCUGCACCAGCUCCCCUGAUUACCUGGUGAGCAGGGCUCAGGCGGCUCUGGACACCGUGGGUGCUGUGGAGAAGGGCCAUAGCCAGUACCUGACCUCUGCAGCAGAUGCCUCUGCCCUGGUGGCAGCCCUGACUCGCUUUUCCCAUCUGGCUGCGGACACCAUUGUCAAUGGUGGCGCCACUUCUCACCUGGCCCCCACUAACCUGGCUGACCGCCUGAUUGACACCUGCAGGGACUGUGGGGCCCGGGCUCUAGAGCUCAUGCAGCAGCUGCAGGACCAGCAGGCUCUGUCAAGUGCACAGCCUGGCCUGGUGCGGAGCCCCCUACAGGGCAUCCUUCAGCUGGGCCAGGAGCUGAAGCCCAAGAGCCUGGAUGUGCGGCAAGAGGAACUAGGGGCCAUGGUUGACAAGGAGAUGGCGGCCACGUCUGCUGCCAUUGAGGAUGCAGUGCGGAGGAUCGAGGACAUGAUGAACCAGGCCCGUCAUGAGAGCUCAGGAGUGAAACUGGAGGUGAAUGAGAGGAUCCUCAACUCCUGUACAGACCUGAUGAAGGCCAUCCGUCUUCUAGUGAUGACGUCCACCAGCCUACAGAAGGAAAUCGUGGAGAGUGGCAGGGGGGCAGCCACGCAGCAGGAGUUUUAUGCCAAGAACUCUCGUUGGACUGAAGGUCUCAUCUCAGCCUCCAAGGCCGUGGGCUGGGGAGCCACGCAGCUGGUGGAGGCGGCCGACAAGGUAGUGCUUCACACAGGAAAGUACGAGGAGCUCAUCGUCUGCUCCCACGAGAUUGCAGCCAGCACUGCCCAGCUGGUGGCUGCCUCCAAGGUAAAGGCCGACAAGCACAGCACCCACCUGAGCCGCCUGCAAGAGUGUUCCCACACUGUCAACGAGAGGGCCGCCAGCGUGGUGGCCUCCACCAAGUCAGGACAGGAGCAGAUUGAGGACAGAGAGACCAUGGAUUUCUCUGGCCUGUCCCUCAUCAAGCUGAAGAAGCAGGAAAUGGAGACCCAGGUGCGAGUGUUAGAGCUGGAGAAGACGCUGGAAGCAGAGCGUGUGCGGCUUGGGGAGCUGCGGAAGCAGCACUAUGUACUGGCUGGGGUGAUGGGGACACCUAGUGAGGAGGAGCCCAGCCGGCCCAGCGCUGCCCCCCGCAGGAAGCCACCCCUGGCCCAGAAGCCCAGCAUGGCCCCCAGACAGGACCACCAGCUCGAGAGAAAGGCUGACAUCUAUCCAGCUCAACUUGUGAACUAGGCUCCUCAGGAGUCCAACAGCGUGGCUAGGUCCAGGCCUCACUUGACCCAGAGAGGGUCAAGGGGCCUCUGAGGGGCAUUGCCUCUGCAUCUGGUGCCCCGGCGUUCACCGAGACUGAAGGGGACUGGGCCACAUGGGAUGUCAGUCUGGAUGUGAGUCUAUUUAUUUGCAAUAGGAGCUGCUGAGUGCAGCCUGGACCACGACUCCACAGCAAAUGUAGAAAAAUUUUUAAUAUUCAUUAGGCUUUUCCUCAAGGGGCCCCCUGCCUUCUGGAUUCAAAUCUGAGGUGGUAGAGAAAGACCCUGGCUCUCCUUGUGGGCCUGGUGCUAGGACAUCUGUGCCAGGAGCCCUAGGAGGAGUGGGCCACUCAGGUGCCACCUUUGCCCCUGAGUUUCCAUUUCCUGUUUGAGGUGAUGUAGCUGCUCCCCAUCAAGCACUGUUGGGGCAGAGUCUAGUCCUUCUGAAGGUAGGGCCUUGGUGCCCACUGGGAGAAGCACCGCGGUCCCUCAUCUGGCCCGGCCCUGCCAGAUCUGAAUGAAUUUGUGUUCUUUGAGCCCAAGGGCAGUGGCUGGAGGGAUGGGGGCCCGCAGCUGGACCGAGUAAGUGCCUGGCCCGCCCCCAACCCCCUGGGGAAAAGGGAGGGAACACCUCUGCCUGCUGCCUGAGCAAUCCUGUGGUGAAGCUCCACUGGCAAUAAACGGACUGUUGUCACCAAUGCCCUGCUCAGGGGCUGUGCCUGGCUCAUUUCUCCGGAACACAGGUUCUCUUGUCAGGUCCUGGAUCUCCACAUGUGACUGGUGCACCUGGGACUGGACCGGCUCACUAGUGCUGCUGGUCCUGUCUCCAAGUGCCCAGCCUUUUCCGGGAGCUCUGUGACUCAGGCCUUCCUCUUACCGGUUGAUCUAGCCACCCCCACCCCCAGGUCUCCCUGCAGCUGGUGAAUCCCCAGCCACAGGUUUCAACUGGAUGAGAGGGGUGGCUGCUGAGCUGGUGGGACCCCUGCCUCCCUGCUGGCAAGGACCUGCCCAUCACUGCCACACCCAGCCUUUCUAUUCAAGCUUAAUAGGAAGGAGUCCAGGUUCCUGAAGGUGCAGCUGGCCUUGGGGGUCCCUCCCCCACCUCCCUGGCAUUUAUGGGACACGAGGACAGCAAAGAUCCAGAGAAGAAUCAACAAGGACACUGGCAACCUCGGGCCAGCCUGAGUAUGUGGGGCCUGCACACCCAGGCAGGCUGUGUGGGAUCCUGGGUGUGAGUGCCUUGCAAACUAAUCGCGAUAGCAUGAUGGCUAGCAAGAUGGAGUCUAGGCCUAAUUUUUCUUUUGGCAGUACUGAGGUUUAGAACUCAGGACCUCAUGCCUUCAGGCACUCUACCAUUGGAGCCACGCCCCCAGCCCUUUUUUGGCUUUAUUUUCAGAUAGGGUCAUCAGGUCAGAUUGUAAUCAUUCUGCCUAGGGCCUCCCACAUGACUAGGAUUAUAGCUGCAUCCCUACUCUUGGCUCCCAGGUCUGCAUCUUGUUUGUGAGACAGAAUUUGUUUCAGAAAACAUUUUAAAGCAAAUGAGGCUGAAUACUAACCUGUGGUAAUGGGGUUGUGCUGACUACAUUUGACUCAGGGAAGCAAUGUGACCUAAGUCCUCAGUGAUCAAACCGUGAAACAGACUCCACAAAGGCGUCUUGGAAUAGAAAUCAGAAGCCUUGAGGGUCUUGCCCUACUUACCACACUCAGCUUGGCUGCUGUCCUGAACAAAGGGCGAGGGAGAACAGGAUCCAACAAGACUGAGCUCACGAGGAGGAGCCACAGAGGUCACUGUAAAGCCCAGAGUCCUCAACAGGGAAGACAACAAAUUUGUCAACUUCCUAGCAGCCAGUGGGAGUGCAAACUACCACUGCAGAUUCAUUCUUUUUAAAGGUAAACUGACUUCUCAAGAACAGCUCCCUUCUUCCU